AUGCGCGGGAGCAUUCGCCAGCUGCUUGUGCUGGGGUUGUUCACUCUAUGCGCCGAAGAGGCGUUCGCAGGCGGCGCUUGGCCGUCGGUGCGCAGCGGCGCGUGCCAAUGGACUGCCCGCGCUUCAGACACAGGUGAUGCGAGACGAGCUCACCAAUUCUCAGCUGCGUUGUGCCGCUCUUUGCGGCGGCUUCGAUGGCUGGGGCGGUUGCGAAAUGCGCCACGCCGCUUUUGCGUCCUGGCCAAGCGGCUUUUCCCGAAUUCACGCGUGCUUAAGGAGCUCUGCCGUUCUCUAGGAACAGGGCUCAGCUUAGAUCGUCGAAAAGACGUACCUCAGCUAUCGCUGAUUCUUUUGCAGUCUGACCCAAGCCUGGUGCCAGAGGGCGCCAAAGUGCGCACAGAGGCUAAGUCAGACGCGCGCGCUCCCACUGCCAGAAGCUUGCGAAAGCUUGCGGCUUUGGGGGUCGACACGCCCUUUGGAAUUGCUACAAAGGCAGCCAGAAGCUCAGAGGGCAAAUCACGCCCUGCAGGGCAAUUAGAGGUGCCAACGCGCAUGUUUUUCUCGAGAAGGGCGACGGCCCUUGCAAAAUCCAACGUAGCCCACACAACGCUGGACAAUGGACGGGAAAAUGACACAACCAACACGACCACCAGCACAACCUCAUCGACUGCCAGCAUGUGGGCUACGGCCAGUGCAACCAGCAGCAACACAACCACCUCAACUGAGACAACUACCAGCACAACCUCCACAACUGUAUCCAGGACUGAGACCAGCCCUGCAAGAAUCACUGCAGCCAUCACUGCAAUUGUCACUGCAACCAACACAACCACCAGUACAGCCACAUCAACAAGUAGCUGGACGACUACCGGGACAGCUACCUCAAGCACCACAACAGAAAGUACAACUGGCACAGAUAGCAGCAGCACAAACAGCAGAACAAACAGCACCACAACCCCCACGACCACUCAGUCCACAAGCAGCAGCGCCUUCACCACAUUGGCGACAACCACGGGGACAAGCACUACGACAAGCUGGACAAUGACAAGCAGCUGGACAACCACCUGGACAAAUACAUCAAGCAGCACAACUGACACACAACUGACACUACAACUGGCACAAGCAGCUGGACGAACACUUGGACAAAUACAACAAGCACAGAGUCUGACACUGCCACCCACACGGCAACCAUCAACGCGAUUAACACGAGCACCAGCACAACCUUCUCGACCACGAGAAUGUGGACCUCUACAACCAGUGCAACUUUGA